CCUAUAAUUUUCCAAGAUUGGAGUAACCAGCCUUGAGGAGAACUUCGACCACUUUUUUGAUAUAACUGUGUGAAGGUCAAAGUUAAAAUGGCUGCAAAGGUCACGAGAAUGGCUUUUGGCAAGUCAAGAUUUUGUUUUCAAAAUUCAUGGGCAGUUUUAGGAAAUUGGCAUAAUUUUGUUUUGAAGCCUUCAACCAAAGUUCAACCCACACUUGGUAUUUGUCGACUAUCAACUGAAGCUACCACAAAUUUUGUGAAUGUUGUAAAUGAAGGGUCAUAUUGCAUUGUUGAAAUGAAGAGGAGUCCAGUCAACUCAUUGAAUUUAGAAAUGAUGCAGGAACUAGCAAAUGUGAUUGAAAAUUUGGGAGAAGAUUCCUCAUGCAAAGGAAUGAUUCUCACAUCUGCUAUAUCGAAGAUCUUCUCAGCUGGACUUGAUAUCACAGAGUUUUUGAGUGGGGAUGAAGAUCGAUUAAGAGAAUUUUGGAAAUCAUUUCAGAAUAUUUGGAUAAAACUUUAUGGUUCUACCUUGGCAACUAUUGCUGCAGUCAAUGUAUUGGUGUAUUUGGGGUUAGGGGCCGCACCUGCUGGUGGCUGUCUUUUAGCACUAUCAUGUGAUUACAGAAUUAUGGCAAGUGAUGCCAGUAUUGGUCCUAAUGAAACACAGUUGGGCAUUGUUGCUCCCACUUGGUUUGCCGACACCAUAGUAAACACACUGGGUCAUCGUAAAACUGAACAUAUUCUUUGUCUUGGACAAAUGCUUAGUAGUAAUGAGGCAAAAACCAUAGGUCUGGUUGAUGAAGUUGUAAAAAAAGAUGAUUUGCUAUCAACAGCAAAGAAGGAAAUUGAAAAAUGGCUUGCUAUACCAGACAAAGCAAGAUCUAUAACAAAGUUGAUGCUAAGACGCGCAACUUUGGAGACUAUUAAUGAACAGAGAGGCAGAUACUGAACAAUUUGUGAAUUUAACACAGCAAGAAUCCACACAAAAAUGAUUGCCAUGUACAUGAAAAACUGGCCCAAAAAUCAAAAUCUUGAAGAUAAGAGGUGAUGAUUGAGUAAGAAGACAAGAUAUUUUGACACAAGUGUUGUUUGUACACAGUUAAGUAACUACAAUGUUAUAAAUAUGUCCAAGAAAAUUAAAUUAUUAUUUCACACUUUCCAUAAAA